AUGGACGGUAGCGAAAUGGGGCUGUUUGGUACGCUGCGGCUGAUGAAACGGACGACCGAUGAACAGGUAGCAGCAUUCCCAAUCGACGAGGAGGCAGUUACCUUUGGACGCGACCCGACGUGCAGUGUGCGUCUCUAUUACCCAGAGAUCAGUGCUCUGCAUGCAAAAAUUGUAUUUCAAGAAAGAAAGCAGGCUUUUCUCGUCGUUCUCGGCGACGCAGGCCUCACCAUCGACGGCUGCCCCGUGCUCCCGUCCACCAACGCCUCACUUCCCACAACAAUUCCCGUCUCUAACAACUGCGAAAUCGAAAUACACAAGAAACGUUUUAUAUUCUCUUAUCCGCCCAAGCAGCUACGUUCUCCGCUAUACAACAUCGAUUCACCAGUUAAGCCUGAAAAUGGUGGCAGCGGACGGAGAAAAUUACGAAUGAGCAUGAUCCACAGCGCUCAAGUAUUCACCCCUCGUGGAAAACCCUCUGCAGAUCCACUUGCAAACCUCCGAAUUCUCCAGAGCCCGCUCAAGCAACUUGUGCCCUCCCCGCGCAAGCCCUCUGCGCUAAAGAACUCCCACAUCCCAGAACCAGAGGAAAUAGAAGAAGAAAUCGUUCUUGUGGAGUCUAACACUCCACAUGUCGUACAGGAGGAUAAGGACCUUGUUAUCCUCGAGCAUGUCGAUGUCCAAGCCCUUCCGCCCACCCCAUCUGUGCAAAGGCCAAGACCAAGUAUGAACAUGUACAAGACUCCGAACAAACGUACUCGUUCCUCGUUGCAUCGUGCUGUACUUAUUCGCAGUGUACAUCGCGCCGUCAUGGCACGUGAAGAAGAGGAUGAAGAGAAAGAAGUCGAGGAGGUGAUUGUAGGCGAGACAGCUGUGGAGGGGGGCGAGGAGAAUGAGAAUGGUAACGACGAAGAAUUAAAUGACAAGCACGAAGGAAGUGCAGGGAUCGAGCAUGAAGAAUCUGACGAAGAUGACUCAGACACCGCUGAGGAGCCUACUCCUCAACCAAGCACAUGGCGCCAAUCUCUCAAUGCCGUGCGUGCACGUGUUGUAUGGCCUUUCCGCUCGAGUUCCACUGCGCCCGAAGAAAACGAUGACGACGAUGACGAGCAAGAUGAGGACGACGACGAGCACGAUCGAAUGGACAUCGACCAGGAUGCACAGCCCCCACCUCCAUCCUCCUCCCCACCUCCUUACAUGACACCCCAAGCCCAACCACACCUUACACCUGCAAGAGCCCCACGACCUCUGGGCUCAUUUAUGACGCCCCAAGUAUCGCACCCACAAUCAGGCAUUAACGCUGGAAUUGGCCGCGGUGCAGGACGCAACUCCUUUGGUGGAGCGUUGCGCGUACCAUCGCCUUCUAAAAUGUCUGCACCAUCUGGUCCUGUAGAGACAUGGGGAGGUGCUAAGAGAGUACGCGUCGAGCCCAAGUGGCGCAUUGGAGAUAUCGAGGUGCGAGGUGUGGAGGAGAUGAAGGAAGAGGAGAAGGAAGGGACAGGAUUUGGGAGGACGCGGGUGAGUGAGGAGGAGAGGAAGGCCAUCCAAGAACGCCGUAAAUCAGCACUCACUACCCCCGACCCUUUCUUUGCACAGGUACCAGGGCUGCGACGGCAGUCUGUCGCACCCCCCACACCCUCUGCCCCGAGUGACAGUAACACGCAACGGAAACUACCCUCCCUAUUUGAUUCUACCGUCCGUACUGUUGGUGAGCGUAGCGCAUCUCCCACCAAAUCAGGCGAGAGGAGUGUAUCGCCGACCAAAUUCGGGGGGAGAAGUACAUCUCCUGCGAAAGCUCCCAUCCAUGCGGGCCCCUCGUCCCCUAUGAAGCUUUUCUCUUCUCCUGUGAAAUCAUUGGAAAUGUCUGCGAAGGCUCAUACGCCUUUCGGGCGUCCUCCAUCGCCUUUGAAGGCACCGCUGACGCCACAUAGUGAGGAAGACGAAGAGGACACGCGAAGUUUGUUGGAUCGGAUGAAGCGAACUGUGGAGGAGAUGAAACGACGUAGGAGUUUGGGUCCAUUUGGGGAGGAUGAGCGUGAGUACGAGGAGGAUGGUGAGGAUGAUAAUGCAGCGGACGCUGAGCAGCGUACAGAUGUCGAGGAGAACGCAGAAGAAGACAUCGAUGAGGAACAACAAACAGGUGAGGAAGAAGAAGAAAAUAGCGAUAAAGAGAACGGCCUUGCAUCCUCAGUCCGAGGACCUCGGUCCUCUUCACACCCUGAACCUGACCUCGAGACGACUGACUCAUCCGAACACAUGCCUGCACCUCUCUCGCCCACACGCAUCGCGCUUGACCUUGAUCUCGAACUGGAGAGGACACCACUACCCCAGCUCACGCGUCCUACCUCUCGGCCGCAACACAAGGAUGCACCGUCGUUUGCGGGUCCGCAGACACCUGCCCUCGCAUCACUCAAGCAUCUCUUCCCUCCCCCAGCGCCGGUGCCAAGUACGCCAGCAGUGAAGAGCAUGCGUUCGCUGUUCCGCGGAGCUGACAAGGGUAUCGGAGUGGAGAUGGAAACAGAUGUGUUAGAGGGUGUCGGGGAGAUGAUGGUUACACCUGAGGGGUAUCGAGCGCGUGUUGAGGACGUGGAUGAACGAGAGGGUGACAUGAAAAGGGAGGAGCAAGCGAACAGGAGAGAGACGGAGGAGCAACGCAAACCUGUGAAAACUACCUCCCGUAAGAUCCCUGUUCCUGCUUCUGGUCCUGGGCCUACGACGACAGCAGCUCGUCGUCGCACGAGAACUACUACGGCCACGGGGGCUACUACCUCCAAGGAGAGGGAACCAUCGACUUCCAGGACUGUUUCGCGUGUAGAGGCAACGACCACGAAAAGGGUACCAGUCGUACUUCCAAAACGUGCAGAGAAAGAGAAAGCAAAAGCAAAAAUGCCAGAACCAGCACCAGAGCCAGCAGCCAAACCAGAUGCAGGAGACGAGGCAGAAGAAGAAGAGAUUCGAGAGAUUCCGCCUCAGCCUAUCGCACAAAAGAAACCUGCGAGAGCGCGUCUGCUUCGUGCGCGCAAAGGGAUCACAACUGAUAACUCGGACGAAGAGCCUGCUGCUGUGCCAAAGACGCGAGAUACCAGUACUGAGCCUAGGAUGAUGCGUCCUGCUAGUACAGAGCCUAGGGCUCGUGUAGCUAGUACCACAGCAGCGAGAAAACCGAAAAUGGACGUUGUUGAAACAGCCCCCAAAACCCGGGCAGCCCGCAGCCGUGCCACCCCCGUCCCAGUCGCUCGAUCUGAGCCUGCGAAAGCACGCCCACGAGUUCUUGCGAAGCCCAAGGUCGCAAUUACGACAAGUCGUGCCCCCUCACGGAGCAAGAUGCGCAGCACGGAAGACGACGACGAUGCUGAUGGGGAUGAUCCCCUUGAUUCGAUCGCGCAGCCUGAAGCUCCAGCUCCCAUACAGAGGGCAAGACGCACGCGGGCAGUGACCGCACCUGUGAAAGAGGAAGACAUCGAUGUUUUAGUUCCUGGGAAGGCGAAGAGCACAACGACGACCCGUAGGCGUGCAGUAACAGCGGUGGAUAAGGAAAAUACCCCAUCGAGUUCGAAGGAAGAUGAGGGUGAGCGGAAGAAGGAGGUGGAGGUGAAGCGCACGACGCGGGCGACGAGGUCACGAGCGUGA